UCUAUGGGUCCCUAUGGGUCCCUAUGGGUCUCUAUGGGUCUCUAUGUGUCUCUAUGGGGCCGGCAGCCAUGGGGGAGCCGAGCGACCUGGACCGGCAGAUCGAGCAGCUGCGGCGCUGUGAGCUGAUCAGGGAGAGCGAAGUGAAGGCGCUGUGUGCCAAGGCCAGGGAGAUCCUGGUGGAGGAGAGCAACGUGCAGCGCGUCGACUCGCCUGUCACUGUGUGCGGGGACAUCCAUGGGCAGUUCUACGACCUCAAGGAGCUCUUCCGGGUGAGCUGCCCCACAAGUGCCCCAUAAGUGGUCACCAGUGCCCCAUAAGUGGUCCUCCCUGCCCCACAAGUGCCCCAUAACCACCCCAUGG